AUGAACUCAAAUUCGAGACAAUAUCGCGAAAGGUUGAUCGAUGAAGUCAAAAAAUACCCCGUUUUGUGGGACACGAAACAUGAAAAUCAUAGGGACAUCGACGUGCGAGACCGAUGCUGGUUAGAGAUAUCCGAGCGCAUGGGAGCUAACAGUGAAGUCCUCAAGCGAGAAUGGAAGAUCCUAAGGGACUCUAUGCGUCAGGCCCUGAAGCGGAUGAAAAGGGGUGACACAACAAAAGCUGGUGUUCCUUCCAAGAAGUGGCAGUACCAGAGUAGGAUGGCGUUUGUUCUGCCUCACAUGACCAUGAGGAGGAACCAGAGGCAUGCAAUCCGCGAAGAUAUCAAAAUGGACGAGACCGAGGUUCAAUCAGACCAGGAGCAAGAGAUCUGGGACCCCGGUAACGCCGAUCAAGAUUCGCUGGAUUUAUUCUUCGCCAGCGUAUGUCAAAGUACGAAGCGCUUACCCAAAAAAUACCAAGGUUUGGUCAAGAGACAAGUCCUCGACGUUUUGCUGAAGGUUGAAGAGGAGUGUGAGAGUGAACAUGGGGAGUCCAAGGUUGGAGUCGCAAAGGGCUUUGAGUGACAGAGCUUGGAGGUAUAUGACAGGCCACAUCGGUAGCAGUUGCGUCAGGAUCACGUGCUGAUGAUCGACAUCAGAGACAGUCAAAUCAAAGUGACAUCGAAGAGUGAAUUGUAAAUUUCAGAAGGAAAUACGUUCAAAUUAAGGAUUUUUAAUAAUUUUUACGUAUAGCGAAGUCCCGAGGAAAUACUUCUUCAGUAUAAUUUUGUGAAUUAUAUUAAUUUACAAUGGUUAAUUUAAAUAAAAAAAUCUGAAACCAAUUGUCGCAAAUAAAAUAUAAAGCGUCAUUAACAUCUGAGCGCAAAUGCCAGUGCUGUUAGCUUAUUAAAUUUUUUGGAACCGGAAUCAUAUAGUGAGUUAUCUCAAUCGGUUUAUAAAUCAACUUAACCUUUGUCUACGGCGCGAUAAGCACUAUUAUUGCAUGCGUAAGCUCGGCUGUUCCGACAAAACGGUUGUAAUUUCGAUAAUCUUAUUACAAUUUUCGAUAUAAAAAAAUCUCUGAUUAAAUUCAGUAGUAGCACAAGUAAUAAAAUAGACAUUUUGAAAAACAUGAAAAGAACUCUUAGGUAGAUUUUUUACGUCAAACUUAUUAGCUGACUACCAAAAGAUGGUAAAGAUACCACGUAUAUGUAUUUCCAAUGGAGUCGUUUACUGAUCUUUUUUUCUUUUUCUUUUUAUUGCUUAGAUGGGUGGACGAGCUCACAGCCCACCGGGUGUUAAGUGGUUACUGGAGCCCAUCAACAUCUACAAUGCA